AGGCCUGGGACUGGUGAUGUUGUGCCGGCUGCUGGCGGCGGCCGGGCCACUAUCCUUGCUGUGGCAAUGCGGUGGCCUAGGUCGCUGCAGGACGGCCAGGACCAGCGUGAGAGCCCUGGGCACGGCCCGCCAGUGCCUCCAGAGGGUCCACUUUCAGAAGCCGACUCUGCAGGCCAGACUGACGUUAUUUUCCCGGUGGCUCUGUUUGAAACCCAAAGGUGGACUGGCUAGAAGUCGUGAACAAUCUGUGCGUGUUAUUCCUGCCCCUGGGACCUCCUCUGAGAAGUACGUGUGGUUUAACAUCGGCAGUGUUGACACCUUUGAGUGGAACCUGGAGUCUGCCUAGUGGAAGCUGGGGAUCGAGCCCCACAACCAGGCGGCGGUGGUCUACACCACUGAGAGCGAUGGCUCUUUCUUGCGAAGCCUGGUGCCCACGCUUCUCCUGGUUGGAGUUCUCCUCUAUGCUUCCAGGAGGGGCCCGAUGGGAGCUGGCCCUAGUGGACGAGGACGGGGCCUCUUCAGCGUCGGUGAGACAACAGCCAGGGUCUUAAAGAGCAACAUCGAUGUGCGGUUCGCAGACGUAGCUGGUUGCGAAGAAGCCAGAUUGGAAAUUAUGGAAUUUGUGAAUUUCCUGAAGAAUCCCAAGCAGUAUCAGGACUUAGGAGCAAAAAUUCCAAAGGGAGCCACGCUCACUGGUCCUCCUGGUACAGGCAAGACACUUCUUGCCAAAGCAGCUGCAGGGGAGGCCAGUGUGCCCUUCAUCACUGUGAAUGGGUCGGAGUUUCUGGAAAUGUUUGUCAGUGUUGGGCCAGCAAGGGUGCAUGAUAUGUUCACAAUGGCCCGAAAAAAUGCUCCGUGUAUCUUAUUCAUUGAUGAGAUUGAUGCGAUUGGCAGGAAGCGAGGCCGAGGGCACUUUGGAGGCCAGAGUGAGCAGGAGAACACCUUGAACCAGAUGCCGGUGGAGAUGGACGGGUUCAACUCAGCCACCAACAUUGUGGUGCUGGCCGGCACCAACCGCCCUGACAUCCUGGACCCGGCCCUGAUUCGGCCUGGCCGGUUUGACUGCCAGAUUUACAUAGGCCUCCCUGACAUCAAAGGCAGGUCCUCCAUCUUUAAGGUCCACCUGCGCCCACUGAAGCUGCAUGAGAGCCUCAGGAAGGACACCCUGGUGAGGAAGCUGGCAGCGCUCACCCCAGGCUUCACUGGUGCUGAUAUUUCCAUUGUUUGCAAUGAGGCAGCUCUGAUUGCCGCCUGGCAUCUGAGUCCUUCUGUUCAGGAGAAGCACUUUGAGCAGGCCAUCGAGAGGGUCAUCAGAGGCCUUGAGAAGAAGACCCAGGUCCUGCAGCCCAGGGAAAAGACAACUGUGGCCUACCACGAGGCCGGACAGGCGGUGGUGGGCUGGUUCCUGGAGCACGCAGACCCCCUGCUGAAGGUGUCCAUCAUCACCUGGGGCAAGGGGCUGGGCUCUGUGCAGUACUUGCCGAGGGAGCGGCACCUCUUUACCAGGGAGCAGCUCUUCGAUUGCAUGUGCAUGAUGCUCGGGGGCAGGGUGGCUGAGCAGCUGUGCUUCGGGCAGGUCACUGUGGGGGCUCAGGAUGACCUGAGGAAGGUGACCCAGAGCACCUAUGCCCAGAUUGUGCAGUUUGGGAUGAGUGAGAAGCUGGGCCAGGUGUCCUUCAACUUUCCCCAACAAGGCAAGGCCCUGGUGGAGAAGCUGUACAGCGAGGCAACUGCCCAGCUCAUUGACGAGGAGGUCCGGCGCCUCAUCAGCGCCGCCUACACGUGCACCCUGGACCUGCUGACACGGUGCCGGGAGCAUAUGGAGAAGGUGGGCCAGCGGCUCCUGGAGAAGGAAGUGCUGGAGAAGGCAGACCUGGUGGAGCUGUUGGGCCCUUGGCCCUUCGCGGAGAAGUCCACCUACGAGGAGUUUGUGGAGGGCACGGGUGGCCUGGAGGAGGACAUAUCCCUUCCCACGGGGCUGAAGUGCUGGAACCGGGGACAGGAGGAGGGAGACGUAGAGCAGCCUGUGCAGGGGAGCUCUUGUAGCCGCUGGUGGAGCUGAGGUGACUCUGAUUACCUGGGACCUUUGCAAAGCAGCUGCAGAAGCUCACCAAAAGAAAUUAAAAUGUGACAGCUGCAAACUGGUGUUUUAGAUGAGGGUGCUCUGAGCUCACAUGCAGGGCGUGGGGUGGGCGGAGGGGCUGCCGUGAGUCCCUGGGCCCUGCUAGAGGACAGUUGGGUCCCGGGUUAGAGGGAGGGGAGCAGGGCUCUCCCGUGGUGCCAAGGAACGCGUGGUGCCUGUCUGGGAACCCUGAGUGUAGCUUCAGGAGGGACUUGAUGGGGAACCUGAAGACACUGAACCUUCCUGGGGCCUGCCUCUGUGGAGGAGUGUUGAUGUGGUCAUAAAGUCACUCAGAGGAGUCUGGGCCCAGCACAGAAACCUUCUCGGUUUGGUAGAAUUCAGAACACCAGCCAGUUGUCAAGGGAAAGUCAGGUUUCUUAAGUAGCUGUUUGGAUGGGUAGAAGCUCAUCUGCUGAUCUGUCCUUCAGAGGGAAAGCCCACUCCACCCACAGGUGCGUGGCUGAGGAAGGAUGGUGGAACUGUGGGGCUCCAUACCUGAGGUUCCAUGCCCGGGCAAACCCCAUCUCUGCCUGCACCCGGGCCCCGUGGCAGCCCUGCUCUGAGUGGGAGGCACGUGAGUUGCUUAGGAAAACCUGGAAUGCCUGGGGUUCCACUCUUGGGCACCCCUGGCCUCUAUCUGCUGCUGGGCCCCGUGGCAGCCCUGCUCUGAGUGGGAGGCACGUGAGUUGCUUAGCAAAACCUGAAUGCCUGGGGUUCCACUCUUGGGCACCCCUGGCCUCUAUCUGCUGCUGGGCGCCGUGGCAGCCCUGCUCUGAGUGGGAGGGACGUGAGUUGCUUAGCAAAACCUGGCACCUAUCCUUGGGGUGGCUGGCCCCGUGGCAGCCCUGCUCUGAGUGCGAGGGACGUCAGUUGCUUAGCAAACCUAUCCUUGGGGUGGAGGUGCUUUAACUGCAGAUGUGUCUGAACUUAAGACUGCAUCAUCAGCUUCUGCUCCUGUGACCUCUUUGUUGGAGUCCUGGAGGGGAAACUCUGCAGGGCCCUGGCUGGCUCAGGGAUGUUUGUUGCCUCAGCAUGCGGCCGCCUCUGGCCCUGGUGUCUGUUCAUGAACCCCUUUCCCGGGGCUGGGUGGCUCCUAAUAAAAGGAAGGCCCGUCUGGGCUUUGAGCUCCAGGCCCUUUGGUGCCUCCUAAGGCACCAAACUUUAA